GCCACGCCCAUAUGCCUGAAUCCUGGUAGACAGCUCGUAUCCGUUCAAUUAAACACCUGUGUAAAGGUUGUAGGAACUUUGUUAGAUGUUCGGGUGCUACAGGAAAUAACCUGCUUUCAAUUCCUGUGAUAAAACCUGACGUUUUAUUAUUUAAAGCCGAAGAUCUGACGCGGUUUAACGUUACAGUCGUACUCCUACACAGGUGAUACCUGGAUAUACCUGUUGUACCUGAUGCUGCUGUGCAUCACGGCUCAUUCACACUGCAGUUGACCUCCACCCUCUUUUCUACUCGUCCAUCAUGAAAGCUCUUAUCCUCGUCGGAGGCUACGGCACAAGACUACGGCCUCUUACGCUUAGCGUCCCCAAGCCGCUGGUGGAGUUCUGCAACAAACCCAUCCUGCUCCAUCAGGUGGAAGCCUUGGUCAAGGCCGGAGUCCGGCAUGUCAUCCUGGCCGUCAGCUACAUGUCCGAUCUUCUGGAAAGAGAGAUGAAAGCUCAGGAGCAGAGACUUGGAAUAAAAAUCUCGCUUUCCCAUGAGAAGGAACCGCUGGGGACCGCUGGUCCUCUCGCUCUGGCUCGUGAACUGCUGACGGACAGCGACGAGCCGUUUUUUGUCCUCAACAGUGACGUGAUCUGUGACUUCCCCUUCGAGGACAUGCUGAAAUUCCACAAGAAUCACGGCAAAGAGGGCACCAUCGUCGUAACUAAAGUAGAGGAGCCGUCGAAGUACGGCGUUGUGGUGUACGAGGGAGAGAUCGGACGCAUUCACCGCUUCGUCGAGAAGCCGCAAGUGUUCGUAUCCAACAAGAUCAACGCUGGAAUGUACAUCUUCAGCCCGAGCAUGCUGAGGAGGAUACAGUUGCGUCCAACCUCAAUCGAAAAGGAGAUUUUCCCCGUCAUGGCUGAGGAGGGACAGCUUUAUGCCAUGGAGCUUCAAGGGUUCUGGAUGGACAUCGGUCAGCCUAAAGACUUCCUAACUGGCAUGUGCAUGUACCUGCAGUCUGUCAGACAGAACGCUCCCGAGAGGCUCCGCACUGGACCCGGUUUCCUAGGCAACGUGUUAGUGGAUCCAACGGCGGUCAUCGGGGAGAACUGUACAAUCGGGCCAAAUGUGACCAUCGGCGCCGGCGUGGUGCUGGAGGAUGGCGUGAGAAUCAAACGCUGCACCGUGCUGAGGGGAGCUCACAUCCGUUCACACUCCUGGCUCGAGUCCUGCAUCGUGGGCUGGAGCUCUUCUGUAGGACAAUGGGUACGGAUGGAGAAUGUGACGGUUCUGGGCGAGGACGUGAUCGUCAGUGACGAGCUCUACAUCAACGGGGCUAACGUUCUGCCUCACAAGUCCAUCACAGACUCUGUGCCUGAGCCUCGCAUCAUCAUGUAGAAAUCACACACAUUCUUGUACUUCUGUGUCCGAGUGUGUAUUAGGAGAACACUAGCAGUUUGGUGCUAGUGCUCCCAAAAAAAAAAAAAAAAAAAAAGCACCAGGAGGGAGAUAUAUAUGUUGUAAGUAUUGGAAAGGACGUGCGCUGAUGUUUCUGUACGGACCAGACAAGAUGAUUGUUUGUUUGUCUAGAGUUCUUCUUGAUCACCACUGUGUAUAUGAUACAGGACUUGUAUGACUAGGCAAAGGUUAGAUCAAAUGUCACAUUGCCUUAAAAAGGGAAGAGCUGAUGUCCCUUAUGCAACUUCUUCAUUUUAUCUUUUAUUUCUGAUUAUUUGGGAUAAUUGGCUUGCCUGUGCAGUGUGUAUGUUUGAAUCCAUACACAUAGUACAUAAUGAGUUGAGUAAAGCUUCAAACUCUGUGCCAUUGUAUCCACAUGACCCAGGUUACAAGAAUACGACGUAUUUCAACCUAAUCUCUAUCCGCUGCGUGUAUUUGUCCGAUUACCGUGUGCCACAGAAUUUCUAUGCAUUAAGAAAAGAAUGGAAGACCUGAUUAUUCGAGAGCCAAUAGAAAUCUAAGGGAACUUGUGAAAGUCUAUGGCAAAAGUAUGUGGACACCUGAGUAUUUAACAUCUAAUACUGAAACCACAGACAUUAAUGUGGGGUUGUCGCCUAUUUCCUGGAAAGGGUUUCCACUAGAUUUUGGAGCGUGGCUGUGGGAAAUUGUGUCCCUUCAGCUAGAAGAGCUGCAAGAAAUCCGGAACUGAUGGAGGAGACCCGCGGUCCGGUCAGUGUUCCAGUUCAUCCCAACGGUGUUCAGUAGGUUCUUCCACACAAACUUGGUGAAUCAUUUCUACAACGAGUGUGCUUUGUGCAUGGGUGCAUUGUCAUGCUGGAACAGGCCUGAAACUCCAAUGAAGGGAAACAAAUUUGUGGCAAAUGUUUGGGGAGGAACCACAUUCGGUUGUGAUGGUUGUGUCCACAGUCCUUUGACCAUAUAGUGUGUAAUGGGAAUUCAAACCUACAACUAUUACACUCUUUAAGACAGACAAGAGAGAUUUUCCAUCACUGAAGCAAUAAAGUAAAAGGUAAUUCAGAUUAGGGGGGCACGGUGGCUUAGUGGUUAGCACGUUCGCCUCACACCUCCAGGGUUGGGGGUUCAAUUCCCGCCUCCGCCUUGUGUGUGUGGAGUUUGCAUGUUCUCCCCGUGCCUCUGGGGUUUCCUCUGGGUACUCCGGUUUCCUCCCCCAGUCCAAAGACAUGCAUGGUAGGUUGUAGGUUGAUUGGCAUCUCUGGACAAUUGUCCAUAGUGUGUGAGUGAAUGAGAGUGUGUGUGCCCUGCGAUGGGUUGGCACUCCGUCCAGGGUGUAUCCUGCCUUGAUGCCCGAUGACGCCUGAGAUAGGCACAGGCUCCCCGUGACCCGAGGUAGUUCGGAUAAGCGGUAGAAAGUGAGUGAGUAAUCAAAUAAGUUCUAAACAUGUAUAAUAAAAAAAAUGAAAGUGCUUUGAAAUACUGUAGAAAUAGAACAGACAAAUUAAUUAUCAUUUUAUAGAUAGAUAGAUAGAUAGAUAGAUAGAUAGAGAGAACAGAUGUAGGUAGAGAUUAGGUUUUAAAAAAGUUUUAAAAAAAAAAAAAAUCUUUAAGAGUAAGGAGUAAGAGGAGCAAAUGAAGGCACAGUAAUAUUUGAAAGAAAACUCUUGCCACAAUGUUAGCCCAGCUCAUCAUCGUUCAGUUCUUUCCACAUUAUAAAUCCUGCAUGCACUCUGUUUAGGAGAUUGUAGUGAACAUGAAACUGAACAAAUACUGCAAUGUAUCAUGUUUAUUUGAACUGACUGUGAAGUAUUCGUGUGCUACCACUAAAAUGGCAGCCCACUUUUUUAAUGACAAUCUGAAUUAAUAUAAACAUUUGAAGCAAUCAC